UACCAGUCACAUACUAACACAAAACCGGAAUGGGCACUUUACUCUGACAAACUGGACUUGGUGAAGAGUGACAGCACAGCUACUAGAUUCUGACAGAGAAGAGUUUGUAUCCACGACGAUAACACUGUGGUCUGGUCUCUGUGGAGAUGGCCUGGGGACUGGUUUCCAUGACAUUAAGGGGUCUGAUGUUGAUGGUGAUUCUGCUGUGGACUGUCACAUCCACAGAUGGGGGAGACGUCCAUGUAACCUGUGUGUUCUCAGAGGAUUGUGUCCUGCCCUGCAGCUUCCAGCCUGACAGUGAGGAAGUCAUCCACUGGCUGAAACCAGAAGACAAGAACCUGAGCACCAUCCACUCCUACUACUACAGUACAGAUCAGCUCAAACAGCAGAGCCAGCCUUACAGAGGGAGAACAGCCCUGUUCAAUGACCAGAUCCCCAAAGGAAACGCUUCACUACUGCUGAGAGGGAUCACACUCCAGGACCAGGGCAGAUACAAGUGUUACACCAGCACUAUUAAAGGCAACAAGGAGUCCUGCGUUAACAUAGCAGUGGAGGCUCCAGUCCGCUUGGUGGACAUACAGUUAUCAGAUGACAUCAUCACCUGCAGUUCUACAGGUAUCUACCCCGAGCCUAAACUCACCUGGUCCACUGACCCCCCCUCUGACCUUUCAUUUGACCCUGGAACCAUCCAGAACUCCACCAGCAUCAAGGUGGAUGACCGGGGCCUCUAUGACAUCACCAGCACAAAACAGUUUAGCAGAGACCGAACCAACAUCUGUACCGUGACCUCUGGGACAGUAGAAAGGACAGCAACCCUGAAACAGCAAGAUCCGGUCCAGGGUCCUCCAAGCAGUGAGGUGUCCAUCCUCUGCAGUGUCUCUCAGUCUGACCUCCUGACCUUUGACCUCACCUGGAGGUUCAACCUGACAGACACCAUCCUCACCUCCAGCUACACCAAUGGCACACCUCAGAUGCAGGUUGAUGACCAGUGGAAGGAGCAGGUUCAGAGUUUGUCUGACUCUGGCAGCCUUCAGCUCCACAAGUUAACCAUGGUCCACCAGGGGACCUACAGCUGUGAACUCUCUACUGCCAGAGACACACACCUGAUCCUCACCUACCUGCAGAUCACACCUGAUAAACUAUCUGAUGUUUCAGAUGGACUGAGUCCAGGUGCAAUCACUGGUAUAGCAGCAGCAAUUAUAGCAGCAGCAAUUAUAGCAGCAGCAGUGAUAUGUUUCAGGCUGAGAGCAAAUACAAAUGGUCCAAAUGAAAACGGUCAGAGUGGAAUACCACUUCAGAAUGGAGAAGAAAGAGAGGAAGACUAGAACAAGGUCAAGGAGAAGACGGAUCAGCCACAUCAACCAUACUAAUGCCUCAGACAGAAGGAGAUAACAUUGACUAAGGGGAGGACAAAGAGGAAAGGUGACAAUUAGAUAAUUGUCCAAUUGCAUAUAGGCAAUGCUAACACUUUCACCAACAAAAGGCAAGGUGUAGCUAUAAUCAUAUUGCUUACACACCUGUCCAAUCCUUUCAGGUCUCCAUGUAGUGGCUAGCCGGGGGGUAGUGG